AAUUUACACACUGUCUUUAGUACUUAUUUUAUUAAGUUUUUCAUUGAAAUGUGUUCAAGGUCAAGUUCAUACUAUCAAUGUCUUACAUGUCUAUGACGACGACAACCUAGUGGCUGAAAGUUCAGUAAACGUCGCUGCAUCAUACGUCAACAAAAAGGGAGAUCUAAAAAUGAAGGUUAAUGUCCAAACUGCUACUGCGUAUCCAAAUAGUGCAAAUGCAACACAACAAUCUCUCUGCAAAACCUACGGUCAGAUGUUGGCCAACAAAACGGAACCCCAUCUACUUUUAGACACCACAAGAUCUGGAAUGGGUUCAGAAAUGGUAAAGAGCUUUGCAGCCGCCUUAGAACUCCCUACAAUCAGUGCGUCAUUUGGCCAAGAAGGCGAUAUAAGAUCGUGGAGACGCCAUUCUGCAGCCCAACACAACUAUUUUGUGCAAGUCAUGCCUCCUGGAGACUUAAUACCGGAAUUAAUUAGAACAAUUGUACUACAGCAAAACAUUUCUAAUGCAGCUAUUCUCUUCGAUAACACUUUCGUAAUGGACCACAAGUACAAAUCUCUGCUACAAAACAUUGCAACGCGCCACGUUAUGGCCUUUGUAAACACAACUAGUACAGCACAUCAGUUAGUAACAUUACGGGACUUGGAUAUAAUGAAUUUUUUUAUUCUCGGCAGUCUAGAUACUGUUGCAUUAGUACUGAAUACGGCAGAUGAUCUCGAUUAUUUCUCAAGAAAAUUUGCAUGGCAUAUUUUUACACACGAGAGUGGAGAAAUAAAGUGCAAAUGUCGGAACGGUACAAUCGUUCACAUAAGACCCUUGCACGUCGAGCCCUAUCGAACUAGGUUCAAUACUCUGGAGACUACUCACAAUUUGAAUGGUAAACCACAAAUAUUGGCAGCAUUUUAUUUUGAUUUGGGACUCCGUUCCUUUAUGGCCGUAAAAGAUCUACUCAGUUCCAAUCAUUGGCCAAAAAAUAUGUCGUACGUUACAUGUGACGAAUACGAUGAAAAGAAGAAAUAUCCAACUCGAGACCCGCUACUACUCAGAAAAAGCCUAAGUCAGGUUUUGGGAGAAGAACUUGCAUAUGGUCCAUUCCGUGUAAUCCCUAAUGGUGGUAAUGGAAAAAAUUUUAUGCAAUUUGAUAUGGAACUCAGAGCCAUUACAUUCAAAAACGGAUCGGCUCGCGAACCUGUAUAUAUCGGAAAAUGGAAGGCGAGUCUGGAACAACAGUCUAACGUCGACUUUGCGGAUUCUGAAAAUUUAGUGAAAUACCGUGCUGAUGUUAUAUAUAGAGUGUUCACAAUUGUACAACCGCCAUUCGUAUACAUAAAUGACUCGUUUGCAAGAGGGUAUACUGGAUACUGUAUCAAUUUAAUGGAUGAAAUUGCCAAAUUUUUACAAUUCGACUACGAAAUACAUAUUCAAAAAGAAGGAGGAUUUGGACAAAUGGAUGAUCAUGGUAAUUGGGAUGGUAUUGUGCACGAACUAUUAGAGAAAAGGGCAGACAUUGCGUUGGGAUCAAUGGCGGUUAUGGCCGAACGCGAAAGUGUUAUAGAUUUUACCGUUCCGUAUUACGAUUUGGUUGGAAUUACAAUUUUAAUGAAAGUACCAAAGCAGUCGACGUCGCUCUUCAAAUUUUUAACGGUACUGGAGCAUGAAGUAUGGAUUUGUAUUCUUUGCGCUUAUUUUUUAACCAGUUUGAUGUUGUGGAUAUUUGACCGAUUCAGCCCGUAUAGUUUCCAAAACAAUCGUGAGAAAUACAGGGACCAUGAAGAAAAAAGAGAGUUCCAUGUCAAAGAGUGCCUGUGGUUUUGUAUGACAUCAUUAACACCUCAAGGAGGCGGCGAGUCUCCCAAAAAUUUAUCUGGUCGCUUAGUUGCGGCGACGUGGUGGUUAUUUGGAUUUAUCAUAAUCGCCUCCUACACCGCUAACUUGGCUGCUUUUCUCACUGUUUCUCGACUAGACAUACCCGUCGAUUCUCUGGACGAUUUGUCCAAACAGUACAAAAUACAGUAUUCGCCCCUUAAUAAUUCGGAGCAGGCAACUUACUUCAAACGUAUGGCCAAUAUUGAAAAAAGAUUUUAUGAGAUAUGGAAAGAUAUGAGUUUAAACGACUCCAUGUCUGAUGCCGAACGGUCAAAAUUAUCGGUAUGGGAGUAUCCUAUUAGUGACCGGUAUACCAAAAUGUGGCAGACAAUGCAAGAUUCUCGUUUGCUUAAAACAUUGGACGAAGCUGUUGCAAAAGUAAGGACAUCUAGAACGCAAAAUGAGGGUUACGCGUACAUUGGUGAUGCCAGUGACAUCAAAUACUUGGAAAUGACUGCAUGCGAUUUACAAAAGGUGGGAGAUGAAUUUUCAAAGAAACCCUACGCUCUAGCUGUUCAACAAGGCUCGCCUCUAAAGGAUCAAUUAAACUCAGCGAUCUUAAAUUUGCUAAAUAUGAGGCAAUUGGAGAGGUAUAAGGAAUACUGGUGGCAUGAAAAUCCUUUCAAAGUAAAAUGUGAUAAGCAAGAGGAUCAAUCUGAUGGUAUUAGUAUUCAAAAUAUCGGCGGUGUUUUCAUUGUUAUCUUCGUGGGAAUAUGCUUGGCUUGCGGUACACUCGCCUUUGAGUAUUGGUAUUACAAACAUCGUAAAGUAGGAAACGUUAUCGACACCACAGUUGGAAGCAAAGAUGUCUAUGACAUGAACGGGGAAAAUGUUAACAAAGGGAUCGUAAAGAUGCCAGAAAAAGAAACAAAUGAUGUGGACGAUCAACGCUUCAAAACACUGUCCGUGUACCCAAGGGCAAGGUUUUAGACAUCUCAAAGAUAAGCUGCUAAUUGUUGUUUGUUAAACAAUUUAUAUUGCAACUAAACUUGAUACACAUGUCUGUUGGUGAGUUACGCUGCAUGUCUGACUUGUGCUGCACAUGUCCAAUUUUUGUAAUAGCCCGACAAUUUGUAACUGCGGGUCUACAACAAUUUGAUAAAGGUCCAUAAAAAAUAAAAAGUAUACCUAUAUCGUUCAGUAGCAGCAAAAUAAUAAAAUGUACAAUGCCUUGUUAAAUUUUUGCACUAGUUUUUUACAAGUUGUUCACUAUUUGUUACUAUAUAUUAAACUGUUACACGUAUGUAAGUACGUAAUCUCACCUUUAGUCUGGGUGGGUAUGAAUUGUCAAAACUAAGGUUACCUUUAUUGUA